GUUGAUCCCCGCUCCGUGGGCGGCGCUGGAGACGUAGGCUGGGGAAUUCGAGAAGGUUCGGUGCUUGUAGGGGAGGAAUCCACUACAGGACCCCCGUGUCCAACCCUGGCGUGGUGAUGGUUGAUCAGCUGGCACUUUGACAGUCAGCUGACGGCUUGUAAACAGAGAUGCAGUCGUGUUAGGGUGGCCCGCGGACUCGCCUGACAGCCUUACAAGUAUACAGCAGCAAUGCCUAGAGACUCACUACAACAACGUCCUGGUACUCAAGACGUGCUGAGAAGAAUGGUUGAGGAUGAUCACCACCUUAUUGAAACUGUUCCUCAGACCGCGCCUGAAGGCUGCUUUGGUGCGAGACACAUUUUGGCUUUCUUGGGCUUUCUGGGGUUUGCAAAUGUAUAUGCCAUGCGUGUUAAUUUGUCAGUAGCUAUUGUUGCUAUGGUUAACAACACCGCUAUUCCUCAUACAAACAAGAACGAAUCAGAUGUGUGCCCGGCUUCAGCUGACAACACCACUCAUCCGGUCAAGGAUGGAGAAUUUCCUUGGGGUGAAACUGAGCAAGGACUGAUCCUCGGAGCUUUCUUCUAUGGAUAUGUGCUGACUAAUAUGCUUGGUGGUCGGUUAGGAGAGCUUGUUGGUGGCAAGAUUGUGUUUGGUAUAGGUGUUCUCGUCACCUCCAUAAUGACAAUUUUUACUCCAGUUGUAGCCCGCGCAAGCACACCUCUGUUUAUUGCUCUUCGAGUUAUUGAAGGAUUAGGAGAGGGCGUGACGUUCCCUGCAAUGAACUCCAUGAUGGCUAAGUGGGUUCCUCCCCUAGAGCGCAGCAAAAUGAGUUCCCUGGUGUAUGCUGGGGCUCAGUUUGGUACAGUUAUAUCACUACCAAUCUCCGGUUUAUUAUGUCAGUCAAGUUUCCUCGGGGGCUGGCCAGCAGUGUUUUAUGUGUUUGGUGUGUGCGGACUACUGUGGUUCAUAGUCUGGAUGCUCCUGGUCCAUAACACACCUGAGUCACACCCCAGGAUAUCCUUGGAUGAGAAGAUUUAUAUCCAGACAACUCUCAAUCAGUCACCAAGUAACACUAAGGUUCUACCCAUUCCUUGGAGGCACAUUUGCACUUCUAUGCCAUUCUGGGCCGUAUUUGUUGCCCACAUAGCACAAAACUGGGGCUUUUACACACUGUUAACAGAAUUACCCACAUAUAUGAAGAAUAUCCUGCAUUUUGACUUAGCUCAUAGUGGUUUUAUCUCAGCUUUGCCAUACCUUGUUAUGUGGUUAUUUAGUAUUGCUGCUGGUCAGGUGGCUGAUCACCUCAGAGCUAGAGGUAUUCUCUCCACCACGGCCACCCGCAAGAUCUUCAACAGCAUUGGUAUAUAUGGCCCCAUGAUUUGCUUGGUCCUUGUUGGUUAUGCUGGAUGUCAUAAAGAUGCAGCAAUUGCGUUGUUGUGUGGAGCUGUGGGCCUGAAUGGUGCAACUCUCUCUGGCUACAUAAACUCUCACCUAGAUAUUGCCCCUAACUUUGCUGGUACACUUAUGGGCAUCACCAACACUGCUGCUACAAUCCCAGGAUUCUUGGCUCCUCAGCUUGUUGGUUACCUCAUCACUGGAAAGGAAACUGUGGGACAGUGGAAACUUGUAUUUUGGAUAGCUGGAAUAAUUUACUUUAUAGGAAACACUUUCUACAUCAUUUUCAUCUCAGGAGAACAACAAAGUUGGAAUGACCUUAAAGCAUCUGAUGCUUCAAGAAUGCGGGAGGCAGGAAGCACUGGGCAGUAUGGCUCUCUUGCAACCCCGCAAGACAUUUUCCAAGGCCCAGGAGUAAACUCUGCUGGUGGAGCAACUUCACCGACAGGUCUCCCAGAGAUAUUUUAAAAACCAAAUUUUCCAGUCCACAUCUUAUUGAAAUCUCAUGCAAGAAUAAUUACUAUAUGAUAGGAAACUAUUUUUGUGUACUAGAGUAUAUAAAUGUGAAAUGAGUGAAUAACUAUUUAAUUUUCAGAUAUUUAAUAUUGUAUAUUUUUGAUUAUGGUAAUUCUUUGAUUUAUUAGUUAAUUUAUAGUAGUGUAAGUUCUCCUCUGUGAUAUUUCUGUUCUACAGAACUAAAUUUUAAAGUAAGUGUUUGAAUUUAGGUGAAAUUACGGUACAGUAGUGAUAAGAUAAAUUUUUUGUACAUGUACACAAGACUCAUUUAGUGUAUACAGUACUGUAAUACUCUAAGUAUUUUUUCUUCAUUACAGUGUAUUUGUAAUUGUUGCUAUAAUUGAGUACAUGUACAGUACAGUACAGUACAGUACAGUACAGUACAUGUAUAUUUACAGGUAGUAUAAAAAACAUAAUUAAGAUAUUUUGAUGCAGCUCUAGCUUACAUCGCUAGAUGUUUCAGUAUAUUUUUUUUAUCUUGAGCUUUAUGCAGAACAUCAGAGAUUUAUUUCAGAAAAAAUGUCAGAUUUUAUUCUGCCAACUUUAUACGUACAGUGUGAAAUAUAUGACUGUGUGUCUCAUGUUUCUGGUUAUUGACACAAGCACCAAAACAAAUUGUAAGAACACAUACAUUCUUGACUUAGCCACUUGCAGUAGCACAGGUAAAUUUGUACACAUACAUGCAUUAAGAUAAUCUAAUGUACACUCGCCACAAAAAGUUCUUAAACACUCAAAAGGUCAUAUGAUAUGACAAAAUGAGCAAGAAAUCUGAACAUUGCUCUCUGAGUAAGUCUUAUUGCUAAUUAAAUUACUGUACUUCUUUUCACUUGUAAAUACUAUAAAGACAAGCAACAUAUAUUAUUGUGAAAUAUUGAGUCACUUGACAACCAGGCACACCAACCAUUCUGAGAUGACAUGAGCCAUAGUGCUCAUUCUGAAAUCUGUCGUUCCCACCUGUGCAAGAAAAUUUAAUGGCGAAUGUAUCUCUAAGCAUUCUGCUUGGAGUAAAUAAAUAUGUACAAAAGAAUCCCAUGUAACAAGGUGUGACCCAUGAUUCAGCUGUGAGAUGUAGAUCAGUGUUUCACAAGGAUUACUGACUAAAGGUUGUGUAUAUCUCAGCUUAAAGCACAUGCUUCACUAUUUCACCAGUGUCUUAGCCUUCAGUAUCAGCUUUAAGGUCUUAUCAGACAAUGUUUCAUACCAUCUACAUUAUCCCCUCAUUAAAAUUUAAACACAUUACACCUACUUUGAUGACACACACAAUUAAUUUUAUUAUUUAAACUGAUUUAUGUAAACUUUUAAAAAUUCAUUGAGAGAACACUGUUGGGAUUGGUUGUCAUAGUAUCAUCAGUGUUUGCUGAGGUUUGUAGUUUGUUAUGAUUAUUGAAAAUUGGUAUGACAAGAUUUCUUACCACUUAUCAAAUAGUUCUCAGUUUGAGCUUUCAUUGCAAUGAAGGAAAUAAAUCACUCCUCUAUUA